UUCUGAAAGCAAAUACGACCAAGUCAGCAUGUUUCUAUGCUGAACCUAUGUAGAAUCUAUCCGGUGGCCACCUUCACAGAGAUAAAUUGAAAUAAUCUGGUGAACAGAAGUGCAUUGCAGACAAUAACCUAGAAUUUCAACAAGUGUUUCACAGAUUUUCUUUUUACCAUAAGAGUGUUUCUCCAACUAUAACUUCAAAAGAGUUCAAAGUUAAACCACCUAUAACUAAAAUGCAAAAAAAAAAAAUCAUUGUCAAAGCUGCGAAAAUCUUUCCAUCCAAAAAAACACCGGCAUUCAAAGAUUUUUCUUUCUUGAGAUUUUGCUGUUGUCUUUAAUUUUGCAGAACUUUUGAAGAUCGAGAUCCAUAAGGUUGUCAUCUUAGGGACAGCUAGCCCAGCCCUUUGAUUUUGAUAGAAGAUCCAAUGAAGAUAAUCCAAUUGAUUAAAGUUAAGUUUCGGAAGUUGCGGGAUAACAAGUUUGUUGAAAUUGAACAGCGAAGAAUGCCUGAUUUUUUUUAUGAAGGGCACAAUCAAGUUUUAGCGGAAAGGAAUUCCCUCAAGGACCAGUUAUCUGAAGCUAAUAGGAAAAUAGCUGACCUUGAGAACAAGGCCAGAGCUUUCGAAGUUCAAGGAAUACAACAAUUCCUUAAUUACCAAGUGUCUCAUGGUAAAAAGGAAAAAGAUGAUGGCAAAGAUGAAGAAAUAGAGCACCUCGAGGGCGAGCUAGGAAUAAAAAUCUCCCUUACGGAUCAACAAUCCGUCGGUGAAAAGGUAAUAAAGCGGUUUGAGUACCACAUGCAAUCAAAAGACGAGAAAAUACGACUGCUUAAGUAUGAGCUAGCCACGAAAGAUGAAGAAAUGCAACGUCUUAAGAGCCAACAAGAUCGAAGAGAGGUGGAAUAUGGCAGGCUGAGGAAUAUCAUGCAGACUGCUUAUACCGAUAUGGUGAACGCAGCUACCACUCUUGACAAUGCUUUUAAAUUUAGAGCGAGAAAUCCUCCGGAGAAAGGUAUUGCUAAUUACAUGUAUAAAGAAAAAGACCUCAUUGGAGCUAUAUCAUCGGCUGAAGGUUUUAUGUAGGAGCAAAAUAAUCAGAAAUUACUUUUCUAGGUGGACUGAUUAUUAUUUUAUGGUUUAAUUUUCUUUAUAUAAAAUAAAAUCAAUGGGAUUCUAAGAAUAAUUUUUUAUAUAUAUUUUUAAUGCAUUA